GCAGCUUCCCGGUUGUUUCCUGUGCCUGUCAUAUCGUCACUGCCGCUCACUCUCCUCUCACUCUCUCUCUCUCUCUCUCUCUCUCUCUCUCGCAUCGGAUCCAAGGAUAAAUUAAAGCUCCGUCUGCGACCAAGACUAUACUCCAGAAAGAAGCACAGCAAGGCAAGGCAUCCGAGAAGUGCGACAGGAAACUGAACAAGCAACUAAACCGAUCGUUGCUAGCAGCUUGGAGUUGGAUCCUUCCACCAUCACCAUGGACGGCAACGACCAGAUCCGUGAUCCGCUGCUUGCGACCGUGCCCAAGGAGGAGACCAUCCCGGCUGCCGUCCAGCGGGCCAGUGGAUGGGCGCUCUUCACUGCCUGCUGCGGCACCCUCCUCUCGUUCGCCGCGGGCCACGCGGCCGCCUACGCAGUCGGCCAGUACCAAGUCUGCUCCACCCAGGUCGGACUACGUAACUACACCCGCUUGGCUGGUUUCUGCACAUUCCGAAUUAUCGAUCGAUGGAUCCAUCCAUCAUAUUCAAGCUGGUUGGGUGUGGUGUUCGUCUGGAUGCACACCCCGUUCGUCCUGCGGUGCGUCCAGUGGACGGACGCGCAGGCCGCCGAGAACAGCGCCCUCUGGUUCGGGAUGCUGUGCUGCGCCCUACUCCAGGCGGCCGCGGCGGCGCUGGCGCGGCACCUCCCGUGCCGUGACCGCUGGGUCCACCGCGCCCUCGCCUACCUCGCGCUCGUCGUCACCUUCGUCGGGCACUUCAUGUACGCCGCCGCCGUCCGCCUCCUCCUCGCCGUCGACCCAGGAUGCAUCAUCGCCAGGAUCUUCUACACGGCAAACAUCGUCAUCUUCGCGGGGGGCGACCUCAUCUGCUUCCUGGGCCUCCUCCUGGGAGGGGACAACUGAUGAGCAGGGCGUAGGCAGCCGAUCGAUCAGUUCGCGCAUUCAUGAGGAGGAAGCGUGCAGAAAAAGCCCCACCUCUUCUUGUUGAACAGUGCUGGCCAUUGAAAAAAGCAAGACUCAAUGGCUUUAGAAGGAAGAGCACUAAGCAGAUAAUGUUUGGUGACAAAGAUAUGGAGCAAACUGAAACUGUUACUGCUGAACAUGAGCUAAGUGUUUCUGUUUUGGACGAUGUGAUGCAUACUGAAUCUGUUUUGCAGGCGCUAGGGCAAUCUGAAACUGUUGCAGAUGAAGCAACUAUUGUGCUGCCAUGCAAAUCUGCUUUAACAGCUGUGUUGCCAUGUUUGGAGGUUGUGUUGCCAAGUGUUGAGUUGCAAACUGAAGUAGUUGAACAAUGUGUGCCAUCUACUCAAGCUGCAGAAGUGCAAACUGAAGAAGUGGGACAUGGUGAGGGGCAAAAGAUGAGGGGGCCUAGUGGAGUUGGCAAGAAAACCAAGGGGCCAAAAAGCAAGAGCAUCAGCAUCAACAAACUAUGCGCCGUGUAACCAAACGGUGGAAAAAAGGAGAAGGAAUCGAGUGGUAGAAAGAAGCAAAAGAAAUAGAGUCGAAAUCAUUCAAAUUUGAUGUGAAAACUUAUGUUUGUUGUCAUUCGAUGUGAAAACUUAUGUUUUUUCAUGUGAAAACUUAUGUGCUAUGAUGUUGAUUUGACUUGAAAUAAAAUUCAAAUUUGAACCGAAAUUCAAAUUUGAACCUAUCUCCAAUAUUUUUGGAGUUCAUUUGUUUGUUCUAUGAUGUUGCAUUUGUUUUAUGUACUACUAUGCACUUUAGUUCUCAUAAAUCCAACCCUUUUUGUGAAGUCCAACUCAUAGUCACUGAAAAUGUUGUCCAAACAGGCUCCAAAGUAAGGGAAAACGACCCCAUUUCUAAGCAAGUUUUUUUCGACCUUCUCAAAAUCACAAAAAAAGAUUUUCUUAGCUUAUAUUAUAC